UCAAUCCGACGUCAUUUCCGCCGUAAACAACAACAAGGAAGUGGAAAAGGAAGUCCCGAGGUGCAAAAUGUCACAGUCACGCAAAAUAUAUUAGAUGCGGGUCUUUUUGUAGCGUCACUGUGUACAAGUCGACAUAAUAAUGCGAUAUACUUGACUCUUUACCAGCUAAAGUGAGUUAACUUUAUGUGUAUUUAUGCUUGCUACGUUCUGCCUAGCCAGAGAGCUAAGGUUAGCUGAUCACUUCAAGUAAAGCUCUUCUGAGCGGCUGUUACUAAGAGGUGGUGUGAAACAACUUUGUCGAAAUUCUGCUAUGCUGUUGGAUGUUUCAGUGCGUUAAAUAAGCUGUGUCUGAUUUGAAACUCAUCUAUUUGUAGUUUGCGAUGGAAGGCUCUAAAUCGUCGAGCACAACCAUGCAGGUCAGCUUCGUGUGUCAGCGCUGCUGUCAGCCGCUCAAACUGGACACAUCCUUCAAUGUGCUCGACCGGGUCACGAUCCAAGAGCUUAUCGGUGUGUAUAAUCACAAGGAUCGAUCAUUGAAUCGCUGUUUUGAAUUGCUCCAUAUGUCCUAAACUGACUGCUCCUUUCUCCCCCUCAGCUCCCCUGGUCACAGUGACUCCCAGCAAACAGACAGACAGCUCUGAGGGGGAAGCAGCACCAGAGGUAAGACAGUGGGGUCAGAGUCAGACAUAGUGAUGUCUGAAUAACAAAGAUAGUGGCACAAUGACGACUAAUAUAUUCUCACUAUGUAUGUUUAAGUGGGUUCAUAACAGCUGAUUUGCUGUUUAAAAUGCAUAGGGGAGAGUGGGGUAAGUUGAGCCACCCCUUGUUGCUUGUAAAUGGUAAAAGAAAUUGAUCAUGUGACCAAAUAUUUAGGAGAUGGGCAUCAAUUCAUGGAGUCUGUGAAGGUUAAAAGCACAUGGGUGAAGGGGUUAGACAUUUAUUUCCAAAAAAAAAAAAAUUUCACUCUUUCAGUGAAUUUAGUCUGUCAUAAAUUUUAUUAGAAUUGUGUUCAGACCAAAAAAGAUCAUUUUAGAUUUGUUUUAUACAUCAAUUGUGGUACCUAUGAGCUUCAACAUGAGGUCAAAAACCUAGUAUAAAAGUCCACCAUUUUAGCUUAGAGGAAUAAUAAAGUCAUAAUUGUAGUUCUGGGGUAAGUUGAGCCAGUGACUCAACUGAGAAAGUGAAGAAGUCUGAUGAGAGAAUCAGAGUUUCUGUUCAGAUUGUUGAAGUGUUACUGUUUCUUUUCAAAAAUACAGCUGUGAAUGUUCUUAAUCACUUAAACAAAAAGGCUUUUUAGCAGUUAUAUGCAAUAAUAAUAUAAAUAUAUAUAUAUUAUACCUACUGAAUAGAGUAUAAUAGAUACAAAUACACAUGAAUGUGAAGAAGUGACUGUUAUUUAGGGAGAGAGAAGGUGAGGGAGGGCUGCAGUGGAGAGUGGGGGGUAGUAGGGAUACGGCUCAACUUACCCCACUUCUAUGGUCAACUUACCCCAUACACAGGGUAAGUUGACCAUAGGAGACUCCUUUUUUGGCAUGCUAUAUUAUCAAGACAGUUAUGUUUACACUCAUCCUGUUGGUUUUCAGGGAUGGACAACAUCUUGAAAUACAUGCAGAUACACUAGUUAGAGACAAAACUAUGAUUUCCUUGAUGUAGUGAUCUGAAAUAUGAAAAAUUGCUCAUCUUACACCACUCUUCCCUACUUGUUGUACAUACAUGUGAUGAAACAAUGCUUAACCCAUUUUUGAUUCUGGAUAAAAUUCAAUAAUUAUGCUAUUUACAGACAGAGCAAUUCACUUGACAAAAUUAUUUCAUAUCUGAGUGACAUAAUUUUUCUUCUAGGAAACCUUUGUAGAAAACAAGCAAGAUGGAGUGUCAAGAAAAUACAUUCCUCCUGCUAGGUGAGCAUUAAAGUCUUUCAUAUUUAGGUUACAGAGUUUAAUACUCGUUAUACUGUACAUGUGAUGAUUGCUUCAAAUCAAUGUUUAUUCUGCAGAAUGAUGUCAACAGAGAGCGCCAACAGCUUCACUCUGAUUGGAGAAGCAUCUGAUGGUGGCACCAUGGAGAAUCUCAGCCGCAGACUGAAGGUAAAUCCCACUUUGACAGAUCACAGAUACAAUAACCAUGUUGUUUUUGUCUGGUCAGCUAAGAUGACACAACCCUGUCCCACACAGGUGACCAGUGAUCUGUUUGACAUCAUGUCAGGCCAAACAGACGUGGACCACCCACUGUGUGAGGAAUGUACUGACACCCUGCUGGACCACCUGGACACCCAGCUCAACAUAACAGAAAACGAAUGCCAGAAUUACAAGUGAGUUAAGUUUUAGUCCGUGAGAGGCCUGAUUCUAGAUAUUGGAGUAAUAACUUUAUCUGAAUGUGAUUUCAGGCAGUGUUUGGAGCUGCUCUCACACCUGCAGGUGGAGGACGAGGAGACUCUCCUGGCAGAGCUGCAGCAGCUGAAGGAAGAGGAGGAGGCUCUGGUUCAGGAGCUGGAGGCUGUGGAGGAGCAGAGGGCAGGUGUGGCCCAGGACCUGGCUGAGAGCAGGAUCCAGUCUCAGCAGCUGGACACAGAGGAGCUACAGUGAGUGACUCAGGAGUGCAGCAAAAAGGAUUUAACAACUACCAAGUACAUGAAACAGCAGCUAACAGCUAACCCUGCCUCUCUGCUAAAAGGUACCAAAAGGAGUACAGCGAGUUUAAACGUCAGCAGCUGGAGCUGGACGAUGAGCUGAAGAGUGUCGACAAUCAGAUGCGCUACUGCCAGAUUCAGCUGGACCGCCUGAAGAAGACCAACGUCUUCAAUGCCACAUUUCACAUCUGGUAGGAAUCAUACGCAUAAACAGAUGCACACAUUGUCAGAAUAAACAAUGAGUUUUUCUGUCAACUCAUCAACCAGGAUUUAUGAAAAUUUAAUACAGCCUCUUGGAAAAACAUGAAUCGUUUUCAAAUUUUCUUUGAGGUAGUAUCUGUGUUGUAUGUUUCCAGGCACAGCGGCCAGUUUGGUACCAUCAACAACUUCCGCCUGGGGAGACUCCCCAGUGUGCCGGUGGAGUGGAAUGAGAUCAACGCAGCCUGGGGGCAAACAGUGCUGCUGCUGCACGCUUUGGCAAACAAGAUGGGGCUCCGUUUUCAGAGGUACACACACAUACACACAUGUUUAAAACUUCCAUACAGCAUUGUGUGUUAUUUCUGGUAAAAGUGUGUUUGUUUAUAGAGGCUUUUUCACAUUCUAACACAGUGUUUCUCUCUUUUUAACUCUUUUUACAUUCGUUCCUAGGUCUUGUUAUGUGGCUCUUUUUCACAUUGUUUUAGAUAUAGAUUAAAUUUCUCACUUAUCAUAUAAUUGCUUUUCUACUUCAUGGUUUGAUACCAUGUACAUUUUCAUCCUUAAGUUCACAAUUCUUCAAGCUAACCUAAAAUGAAGCUCAAGAACCCCUUCUCUCUUCAGGUAUCGUCUUGUCCCUUAUGGAAACCACUCCUACUUAGAAUCUCUGACAGACAAGUCCAAGGUAACGACUGCAUUAUUAUUAUUAUUCCAGCUCUCCAAACUUAACUCAAGCACUCCUUCAGGCUUCAAUCCGGGUCUUUCUUUUCCUGUCUCCUCUUUGUUCAGGAACUCCCUCUGUACUGCACCGGUGGCCUGAGGUUUUUCUGGGACAAUAAAUUUGACCACGCCAUGGUGGCCUUCUUGGACUGUGUGCAGCAGUUCAAAGAGGAGGUGGAGAAAGGCGACACAGGCUUCUGCCUUCCAUACAGGUUAGAAACCCCCCAGAGAGGAAUGCUUUCAACAGUUUGCCCCAUCCCCAUAAAGCAUAGCAGCCAUUUAGGAUGAAGCUGUAAAUAUUCAUGAAGUUUAAAUGCCGUUUUUUUAACCAUUAUGCCUAACAUACUCCAAGGGGUCCGCACUUGUAAGCCUUAAUUAUACAAAUGAGCCAAAUAAGGGAAAUUUGGGGCUGUUUUGUUUUUACGGCCGCGUGAAUUAUUAAAGCAGGACCUCUAUUAUAUCCUUUACUAAAAUAUGAACAGUCCAUCCUUAAAAACUGCAACACUCUUUAGCUGCACUGCUGCCCUGAAGCGUCCUUUUGUUCUCCCCCUGAGCCUCAUUAUCCUGUUAGAACAGGGGAUGUUAUAUCAUCUGACCAGCAAAUAAGGGAUUUUUUUUUUACCAUGUUCUGUUGAUUCAUAAUUGUCACCCUCAUCUUCAGUGGAAUUUUUUUGAGAGUUUUGGGAAGUUUGGAAGAAUCUUCAAUGGAAAUCUUAUAUAUCAUUUCGGCUGUUGAAAGUUAAGGGUUGAGUUUACAUCAGACAAAGCUCUGAAAGACUCUGUUCCUUCACAGAGAUACUUGAUGAAAUUUUGGUUUUGAUGGAUGUAAAAUGUAUCCAGCCAGAUUGAGAAUCUGUAUCAACCAAACCUGAUGAAACAGUCUUGGUGACUUAGAAAAUCUCCAGAACUGACUGAUUGAGAGACGUAGAAAAGCUCGAUAAAUAAUCAUGUACACCAAAUUCUAGUGAAAGCCAGGUGAUGCUGUUGGUAUUGUAAAUCAAGAUUUUUUGAGAAGUGUUAUUUAUGUUUCCCUUUUGUGUCUCAGGAUGGAUGUGGAGAAAGGUAAGAUCGAGGACACAGGAGGCAGCGGAGGUUCUUACUCCAUAAAAACCCAGUUCAACUCCGAGGAGCAAUGGACCAAAGCGCUCAAGUUCAUGCUUACCAACCUGAAGUGGGGACUGGCCUGGGUCACCUCACAGUUUUACAACAGAUAAACCUGCUGGAUAAAAACAUUGGUCUCUUUAUAUCAUGUAGAUCUUGUUCUGAUGCUCUGCUGGAGGAAAAGAAAUUUAGAUUCAACUAUUUUGCAAUCUAGAUCAUGUAUUUCUAUGUUACAGGCAUAAGGGGAAUGGUAAUUGUGGAAGCAUAAAAGACAGGCACAAGUUGCUAAGUAAGCAAAGUUAGACCCCUGAUAUUGAUCAAUAAUUAAAGAUUUGCAUUAGACCCUUUUUCUCUAUAAUGUACUUUUAAAUAUUUACAAAAUGUACCCUUUUCCUAAGUUGCACUGCUCACCCUUGACCUCACUGAAUAACUCUGUGCCCCAGUUCAAUGAGCUGUAUUACUGAAAUGUUAACAGGCAAUGUAGGAUUUACAGUAGAUUAGCAGAGUUUGACAGUAUUUCAUAAACGCUGAUUGCAGUUAUUUCAUUUUCAAGUUACAUUAGUGAUGUGUCUUGGAGGUUAAAGUCAAACAGCUUCAUGUUCACGCUCUGCACCGUCAUAUGGAUUCAUCUCUUUUUGAGUGAAUAAACAUUUUGUGUCAUAAAAACUAAGUCUGGUG